AGAAUGGUCCACUACGAUUUUUUAAGUCGCAAGUGAAAAAUUAUUUCAUAGUUAAUCUCGGAGUUUGCGUUUUACCCCAUAUUUUUCAACAACUUUAAGUAGCAUGAGUAAACUAAUUGUUAGAAGGUUUUUGUUUAGUAGGAGUAAAUCUCCACUUGUAGUAUCAGAAGAGAUCCAGCAUGCUUUGAGUACCAAAUCUGCUCCUGUAAUAUCAUUGGAAUCAACUAUCAUUACUCAUGGGAUGGCAUUCCCAGCCAACUUAGAAAUGGCAUUGAAAGUGGAAGAAACCGUGAGAAAGAAUGGUGGAAUUCCUGCCACGGUGGGAUUUAUUGAAGGCAAACCUAAUGUCGGACUUUCGAAACAUCAGUUGACAGAAUUAGCUGAGAAAGCUCGAGAAAAGGGUAUAGUAAAUAAAGUUUCUCGUCGAGAUAUUGGUUAUACAAUGGCUAGAAAAUUAUAUGGUGGAACUACAAUUGCUCUGACUAUGAUUCUUUCUCAUAUGGCAGGAAUCAAAGUGUUUGCAACUGGUGGUUUAGGAGGAGUACAUUAUGAUGCUCAACGUACAUUUGAUAUCUCUGCUGAUUUAACUGAAUUAGGAAGAACUCCGGUAGCAGUUGUAUGUUCUGGACCAAAAUCUAUAUUAGAUAUUGGUCUUACUAUAGAGUAUUUAGAGACUCAAGGUGUAUUUGUAUCAACUUAUAAUGAUGAUAAUAGAAGUAAAGUUGAAAUUCCUGGCUUUUAUGCUCGAGAAUCGGGAGUAGCUUCACCAAAUCAGUUUAGUUCCUUUGAAGACAUCGCAUUGACUUUACAUAAUCAUAAUGAAAUAAUGCAAUUAAAGUCAGGAAGUGUUAUUUGUGUUCCUGUUCCAAAACCAUAUGCCAUGUCUUCAUCAUUCAUUAAUGGACUUGUACAGGAAGCAAUUCAAGAUGCAAAUCAAGUUGGAAUACUGGGCAAAGAGUUGACUCCAUACUUAUUAAAAAGAAUAUCAACUGCCACCAAAGGAAAAUCGGUCGAAAGUAAUAUAGAGCUCGUACUUAAUAAUGCUAAAAUAGCAACUAAUAUUGGUAAAGAGUUAUUAUCGAUUGAACGAGGGAUCUCUAAUUCUUCCAAGGAAGUAUUCCAACCCCCAGUAACACAACAUGCUAUAGCUUCAUCAACAAAAGAGAUAUUGGUAGAUUCUAAAGAAGAGGGGGGAGUCGCUGUGGCUGUUAUAGGAUCAGUAGCUUACGACACUAUCUCUAAACUCAACCCUCAAGUUAGAAUGAAAGAUUCUAAUAUUGGAUCCAUAAGAGGGUCAAUAGGUGGAGUUGGAUUCAAUGUUAAUUUAGCUUGCACAUAUGUGUCGGCAAAUACUAAUAUUUCAUCUAGAUUUAUCUCAGUUGUAGGGCAAGAUUUGCCAGGUGUAACUAUAUUAAAUGAACUUAAACAAAAGGGCAUUAAUUCGUCAAGUAUUAAAAUCAUUAAAGACAAUAACAUUGCCACUGCACAAUACAAUGCUGCUCAUAAUGAAUCUGGUGAAUUAAUUGUUGCUUGUGCUGAUAUGAGUAUUAUUGAACAAGACUUUUCAAAUCAUAUCAUUGAGGAGUUAAAUAAACUCAAUCCAAAAGUUAUUGUUUUCGACUCAAAUUUACAACCAAGUAUAAUAGACAAAGUUUUACAUAUGGUUAGAAGAGAUAAAAGUAGAAAUGUCUCUGUAAUUAUAGAACCUACAUCAUACGCAAAAGCAGGUAGAAUUGCCCAUAUCAGUCACGGAGUAUUUCCCCAUAAUGUCAUUAAUCUAAUAACUCCUACUACUAACGAAAUUGAGGCUAUACAUGCCUCAUUUGCCGAUAAUAAUUAUUUCGAUGAUUUUGAUAAUUGGUUUCCCUUACUUGAUUCAUUAGGAAUAAAUUCAGAUUUCAGAGAGAAAUUAAAUGCGAUAUCUAGAAAGCAAGAAUAUACUGUAUUAGCAGAUAUGAUUGCACAAGGUACAUUACAAAGAAGUUUCCAAAUUUUACCAUAUGUUCAAAAUAUGUUGAUUAAAUUAGGAGAUAGAGGAGUAAUAUUCCUUAGUAUUUCGGAAUCCAUAGAUGAUUAUAAAUCUAUUCCUACAACAUCACCAUACAAACCGAAAUUUACUUUAACUUCAAGAGGAACGAAAAUUAGCGAUUCUAAGAGGAUGGGAGCAGUUCUACAAUACUUCCCUAUACCUAAAGAAAAUGAGAAUUUAGACAUUAAAAAUGUUACUGGUGCGGGUGAUUCCUUAUUAGGUACAUUGAUUGCUAAAUUAGGAACCACUAUAGAGCAAAACAAUUGGCUAAAACCAAGUAUCUCUAGUAUUGAGCAAGAAUGGGAUAAAUGGGAAGCUAUUUACAAGGCACAAUUAUCCAGUGGAUUAACUUUGACCAGUGAGUCUUCGGUCAGUAAAGAAAUUAGAAACUUAUAGAUACAAUGCAACAAGUUUUAUAUUGUGAUAUUAUUCAAUUAAUUAAACUGUAGAUUUCGUAGCAACAAUAUACAUAUUAAGACAUACAAAU